AUUUGAGUUUGCUGUAGUAUUCAGCGGCAGCGCACUUUGACAAAUAUUAUUGUUCGUUUUUGAACUGUAUCUGAGUAAUAGAAAGAAAUUACCUAGCAACCUGCUGGAAUCUCUUUAGUACUGCGCAGGUUGCUAGGCAACAUAGACAUACUAGGCGACGGCGCCUAAUUUUCGAACAUUGCUUCAGCCUGGCAUUGUCGUCCAGUGACUGAGCAAAAUCAAUUGAGUGGAGUGUUUCUGAAUUUUCUUGGGAAUCUAACGCGAUAGCGUGGAAGACAUCGCGAUCGCAACAGGAAAUUUUCAAAAGAAUCCAGAUGGACGUGAGCAAGGAGGACAUUUGUCAGCUGGCCUACGAGGGCAAGUGUGACAGAGUGAAGGAGCUGGUUCUGAAAAAUAACAAAUAUCCCACCAAACAGGAUGAGUCGGCUCGGCUGCCCAUCCACUGGGCUGUGAGUGGCGGCCACAGUGACAUCGUGGAGCUACUACUGGAACAUGGAUCUCCCGUGGACCCCGUGGAUGAUUCGGGCUGGACGCCACUGCUGAUCGGCGCCUCGGCCGGACGCGCCGCCAUCGUCCGCCUGCUGAUCGCGCGCGGUGCCAAUGUGAACCACGUGACGCAGACUGGACAGUCGGCCAUCAUGUACGCCGCGUCCAAAAACCACAAGGAGAUUCUGGACGCACUGCUCCGCAGCCAUGCCGACCUCAACUCUGCCGACAAGUACGGUAGCACUGCACUUCACCGGGCCGCCUCACGUGGUAACGUGGACUGUGUGAACCUGCUGCUACAGUACAGCAACCAGCUGGAUGUGAACGCUGCCGACAGGACCGGCAACACGCCGCUACACCUAGCCUGCGAGGAUCAACAGGCGGAGGUGGCGCGCCUUCUGGUGCAGUCCGGCUCGCGGGUCGACCUGCAGAACAAGGCGGAGCGUACUCCGCUGCAGAUGGCGCCACCGGGGCUGGCGCGCGACCUCCAGCAGCUUGCGCCGCCCGCUGUGUAACUCGGCUUGGCACAGAUGGCGCUACCGUUGAUACUGCAAAUGGCGCCACCUUUCAGGUAUAGGUGUCGCUGUCGCCACCGUCAGUCACGAAGCCCGGCGGGUUGCCGAUGGCUCUAUUUCAAGCCGACUUUCAUUCCCGCUUCUCGACCUCUCUGGGCCCUCUACCGUUUCGUCGGAAGGGCCUAUUAGUGUUUGUAACUCAAGUUGGAUUUUCGUGAAAUCUGUUGCUGUGAUGCAGCUGCCAUAAUGUACUGUCAUCUCCCCUGGCAUGUCAUUGUUAUGACGUUUCGCUAUUUUCUGUUUCGCGGGGAAGGGAGUUUCGUUAAAGUCAAGACGAGCUUGCCCGUCAGGUCAUCGUUAAAGUCCUGACAUGAGGAGGCAUAAAAGAUGCGCAGCAGUUUGGUGUCUCAUGGUGUUUCCCACUGCAGUGUGUUGUCUCUUGGACGUUGAAGUGCGCUGGUGUUACAAUGGUUUAUUCUUGUGCGAAAACGAAAGUUGUGGCAUAUGAGACUGAUUUGCAGUAGAUGUUAGGAACUCACAAAAUAAGCCGUCUUUCUUUGUCCUCUUCUCUAAAGCCUGGUCCAACAGCUGUAAUGGAACUGACAAUUUGUCGAACGCUUGCCUCGGUGCUUUUGGCCAUUCAUCUACUGGCCCUCGCUCUGUACACACGUCGUUUGUUAUUGGCUACUGGUAUGGAUUUUUGUAUGGAACUGUAUCGCGUUUUCACUUACUCGUUCGAUUUCCUAUGGUUAUAGCUUUCUCUCGCUAUUUUGUCGAGUCGAAGCUGUCUCGAAGCUUGUCAAAAAUCAUCGUGCUGUAAGCUG